GCAAAACAUUCGACAUUAGCCAGUACCUUCCGGAAAAUCAGAUCAUAGCCACGAUGUCUGCUGGGAUUGAACAGCCAGUACCCGUCCCGUCGGAUAGCGCUAUGGACGUCGAGAAGCCUUCCAAUGUGAAGCGCGUUGUGACCUUGGGGACGAUUCGUCACAGACAUGAGCAUACGAAUGAGAUCAUUUUAGUGCCAACUCCUUCGAGUGAUCCUAAUGAUCCCUUGAAUUGGAGCCAGUCUUUCAAAUGGUACAUGGCAAUUGUGAUAUGCCUUGCGAUGUUUAUGUGCAACUUUUUAGCUGCUGGACCUACUAUUGCAAUAGUCCAAACAGCUAUGGAGUUCUUCCCCACAAUGGCAGUAGUUCCUGCGAUCUCGAAGACGGCGUACUUCUUCACCACGACUGCUCUGCUCCAAGGAACAGGAAACUUAAUCUGGAUGCCACUUGUCAACAAAUACGGUCGAAGACCUAUAUACUUGAUAAGUUAUACGUUGUAUCUAGCCUGCGCAAUCUGGGCAGCGUGCACAUACACCUAUGGCAGUUUCUUGGCCGCUCGAAUCAUCAUGGGCUUCGCAGCCGGAGCCGCAGAGACGAUGGCACCAUUGUCCAUCGCUGAUGUCUUCUUUUUGCAUGAAAGAGGAACGAUCAUGGCAAUGUACAGCGCAGCAUUGGUGUCUGGAGUAUCAGGAGGCAUCAUCAUCGCAGGACUGAUAACAAUUGAUCACAACUGGAGAUACAUCUACUACACUGCCAUCGCCUUAGUCGGAGGUACACUUGUCCUUGCAUACUUCACCUUCCCCGAAACGAACUAUCGUCGAGAAGUGGAGACCGACAGCGACAGUAACCAACCCCUAACCGAUAACCUCCCCUCCGAAAAGCUUGGCGCAACUCACCAUGAAGCAGCAACCAACAUCCCAGUCAAGAAGUCAUACAUCCAACGACUCGCCAUAUUCUCAGGGACCUACACUUCCGAGAGUUUCUGGAAACUAUUCUUCAGACCAUUCGGCCUCAUUCUCCUGCCUCCCGUCCUCUGGUCCUCUCUUGUCCAGUCUGUGACCAUUGGCUUCAUCGUGGCAGUAACCUCAAACGUCGCAUCAGCAUACCAAUCAACCUACGAUUUCAAAGCCUGGCAAACUGGGCUCUGUUUCAUCGCGGCCAUCAUCGGAGCACUCAUCGGAAUCUUCUGUGGUGGAAAUUUUGGUGAUGCGACGGCAGAUUUCUUCACCAAACGCAAUGGCGGAAUUCGAGAGCCAGAGAUGAGAUUACCUGCUUUGAUGAUCAGUCUGAUAACGACACCGUUGGCACUGAUUCUGUAUGGAGUGGGGAUCCAGAAGCAGUUACAUUGGAUGUGUCCCACUGUUGGACUGGCUUUGUUAAAUUUCUCGAUUGUGCAGGCGACGAAUGUUUCGUUGGUUUAUGUUAUUGAUGCUUAUAGGCCGAUUGCGGGAGAGGUGACUUUGACUGUUAUGGCGUUCAAAUCUGCGUUUGGGUUUCUGUUGUCAUUUUAUACCAAUCCUUGGGUUGCGAAGUCGGGGUAUCUCAAUGCGUAUGGCGCGAUGGCGGGUAUAUCGGCUGCUGUCCUAAUAUUUUGGAUUCCAUUUUACAUCUGGGGAAAGAGAAUCAGGCAUGCUACCUGGCACUGGACUGUUGUGCGCUACGUACAUUGGGAAGAAGAUCGGGAGGUUGGAGAAUAAUCGAU